AUGCCAUGCUGGCGGCUGUGGUCGGCUGCUGCAAGGGCAGCGGCGGCAGCGGCGGCAGCGGCAGCUGCAAUGGCAGUGGCGGAAGCGGUGCUGCAAGGGCAGGAGCGGCAGCGGCGGCUGCAAGGGCAGCAGCAGCGGCGGCAGCUGCAAAGGCAGCAGCUGUAGCGGCAGUGGCGGCAGAGGCAGUGGCUGCAGUGGCAGAGGCGGUUGCUGCAGCGGCAGUGGCGCCAGAGGCAGUGGCUGCAGUGGCAGAGGCGGCUGCAGCAGCGGCAGUGGUGGCAGAGGCAGUGGCUGCAGUGGCAGAGGCAGUUGCUGCAGUGGUAAUGUCAGCAAAUGCAGUGGCUGCAGCGGCAGAGGCGGCUGCGGCAGCGGCAGUGGCUGCAGCGAUUGCGGCAGUGGCAGUGGCUGCAGCGGCAGCUGCAGCAGUAGCGGCGGCAGUGGCACAAGCAGCAGCGGCAGCAACAGUGGCUGCAGUGGCGGCGGCUGAAUAAUGCAAAUGUUCAUUCAGAACUCUGGAC